CAUAUUCCUUUUUUUUUAAAUUAAAAUUUUAAAAUUUUCAAUAAAGCUCAUUGCCACGGAGAACCACCUGUCCCAGUUUGGAUACUCUUGGUCUUGGUAGAGGCUCAAAUGGCUAGGAAGCUAAGUAAGCCUUCACUAAAGAAACAAUCAUUUUUCAAGGUCCUGCUUGGCGACUUCUAUCAGCAUCUGCGUUUACCACCUGUGUUUAUCGAGAAGUUAGAUGGACAAUCACUUCCCAAAUGUGCUCUUAGAAGCCCUAAUGGGAAACUGUGGACUGUGGAAUUGGAAGAGAGGGAGAAUGGCUUUUUCUUCCAUGAUGGCUGGCAGGGUUUUGUGAGGGAUCAUUGUUUAGAAAUCGGAAAUUUUUUGGUUUUCGACUAUGAUGGUGGCUCCAAGUUUGAUGUCACAAUUUAUGAACCAACUGGCUGUGAAAAGGAUGUAGAAGCAGCCAAGAGGAGAAGUGGUAAUCCUGUUUCCUCUGUAAAAGAUGAAAUUGUUGACAUUGAGACUGAAAAUUACAACAAAGAAAGUAAAAGCCAAACCAUCAAUGCUGAAAGAACAAGUCGCAAGUAUAUCAUGUCUGGAAAGAGACCUGCAAAUGACUCUGUAGAAGAAACAUCAACUGGAUCCAUCUUGUUCAAAUCGGAGAAUUCAUGUUUUAUAAAAAUUCUGACGAAAAUACUAUAUCCAGUGACAAUUCCAAAGGAACUAGCCAUAGCUGAAGGUCUUGUGAGGAAGAAGACUGUAAAGCUUCAUGAUCCAGCUGGGAGAUCAUGGAUUGUUAAACUUAGAGUCCACAGGUCACCGUAUCUUCGUUUCGAAAUGACGAAAGGUUGGGCAAAAUGUUGUAGAGCAAACCAGAUUUCACAAGGGGACACCAUCGUUUUUGAGUUUGUGAAACCAAGUGUAAUGCAAAUUCAUAUCUACAGAGGAGGAAGAGUGGGAGGCAGUGGGUGUUCUGUUGUACUCGUUAACCCCGGCCUGAAAACCUAGGCUAUUUUAACUCUAGAGUUUCGCAUUGCAAUACUUUAAAAAAAUGUUUGACUGCAAUCCAUUUUGGCUAAGUGAUGAUCUUCUUGUAUUUUAUUAGGUUAGUUUUCAUUUUCCAUUUAUUCUUCUACUACUCUUUAGUGCCCGUGAAAUAUUUAAUGAUUGUUUUACUUGAUUCAAUUAAGACAUUUUUUUUUUUAAAUUUUGGGUAGGGGGAAAUCAAACAUAGGACCUUGAGUGUGACAAAUGUUACCAAUUAACCAGGAAAAGUUUUUCGCUUAGAUUUUAGGUUUUAGCUUCCAAUUUUAGUAGCUCAAAACUUGAGAGUUAAACUCUGCUAGGAAUGAGAUUAGAAAAUCGGUUAAAGAAACUUACAAAAAUUCUAAAAUAAGGGAAACACUUGUCUUCCUACUUAUUGCCAAUCACAUUUUGAUAUAUAAAAAAAUUUCUUUAUUCGUCACCAAUGUAACAUUUUGAUUUUAAAAAAUUCCUUAUUCGUCACAAAUGUAACAAUGUAAUUCUAAAUCUACAUUUGUCUUCCUACUUCCUGCUAAUCACACUUGUUUUUCUACUUCCCACACUUGUUUUCCAACUUCCGGCUAACAAAAAUUCCAAAUCUAAACAUAUACCAAUGUAAUUCUCAAAAUCCUCAAACAUCCGUAUUUCAAUAUAUCUAAUUAACUACUAAAAACAAUUAAAAAUAAUUUUUGUACGAAACCUCAAUUCAACGAGGAAAAGUAUUAAUAAACAAUUACAAAUAAAAAAGACGCUAAAAAUAAAGAUAAAAAAUUGUGAGUGAUAUUUCCCCCAAAAAAAAAAAAAAAACUAUCAUGAUUGAAGGCAUUUAUUAUGCAUAUACAUGGAAUAAAGGGAAUUUAUGUUUUUGAAACCUACCUAAACACGGAAAAAGUUAAUGUUACCCUUUUUCAGAAUACCUUGGGUUAUAAGUUUAUAUGACAUGGCUGAACAACGAUGAGAAAAACAGAGAGGCCCUAGCAAGCAAGCAUCGCCUGUUCUGCUUUUUCCCUGCCGAUAAAACUUACCCACAAAAGCUAGCUACACAGAAAACCCACUCCUAAAAAGCUUUGAUCUUUGAAGGUUUCGUUGAAGACUGAAGACUUGGUUCAAAUGGCAAGGAAACUUAUGAAGCGUUCAGUAAAGAAGAAAUCGUUUUUCAAGAUCCUGCUUGGUGACUUCUCUAAGCAUCUGCGUAUACCACCUGCGUUUAUCAAGAACUUCAACGGAGGAUCACUUGGCAAAUGUUCUCUUAGAGGCCCAAGUGGGAAAGGGAGGGCUGUGGAAUUGGAAGAGAGAGAGAAUGGCUUGUUCUUCUCUAAGGGUUGGCAGGGUUUUGUGAAGGAUCAUCAUUUAGAAGUUGGCAAUUUCCUGGUUUUCCGUUAUGAUGGUGAAUCAAAGUUCAAAGUCACAAUCUAUGACAGAAGUGCCUGUGAGAAGGAUGUAGAGGUAGCCGAGAGGGGGAUUGGCAGUUCAGAUUCCAUCGAAAGUAAAGGAAAUCAAGUUAGAGUAAAAGAGGAAAUUAUAGACCUUGAAACUGAAAACUACAACGAAGACUAUGAAAACAAAACAAGUAUUGCUAACAGAAGAAAUUGCAAUGCCAUGUCUGGAAAGAAACCUACAACUGAUUAUGUAGAGGAAACAACAAGUGAAAGCAUCUCAUUCAAAUCGGAUCAUCGAUGUUUUAUGGAAACUAUGAAGAGGCAUUACCGAUAUUGCAUGAUGAUUCCGAAGAAACUAGCCAUAGCUGAAGGUCUUAAUAGUGCAAGGAAUGUAACGCUUCGAGAUCCAAAUGGGAGAUUAUGGCUUGUUAAACUUGUAAUCCGUCCCAAGUCAUCUUGCAAACGUGUGGAAUUCACGACAGGUUGGGGAGAAUGCUGUCAAGCGAACCAGAUUUCAGUUGGGGACACUAUGGUUUUUGAGUUUGUCAAGCAAAGUGCAAUUAAACUUCAUAUUUUCGGAGAAGUGAAUGGCAAGAGGUGUCCUGUGGUACUUGAUGCCCCCAAUGGUGAAAAUUAAAGCUAGCUGACUCUCGAGUUUCACAUUGCAACGUUUUCAUUAAAAAAAAAUGCUUUGACUGCAACAUUUACCUUAGCAUUUUGAGUAAACGAUGGUUUUCUUGCAUUGUAUUAUAUGUUACGUUUCAUUCCUCAGCCACUGUUCGAUUUCUCUGAAUUUCCUGUCUAGUUGAAUUUGUACAACGGGAAAGCUACCAGUGGCGUAUC